AUGUCAAAGAGUGCCGCAGCCGCGUCCCACGCGGACUUCCACCGCAACUCCCUCUUCAAUCUCAAGGGCCGGGUGGCCCUCGUGACCGGGGGCGGGUCUGGAAUCGGGCUGAUGAUUACCCAAGCACUGGCCGCAAACGGCGCAAAAGUCUACGUUGUGGGCCGGACCAAGGAGAAGCUUGACACCGUAGUCAACACCUACAACAAGGACAUCGAGGGCGAGAUCAUCGCUUUACCGGGCGACGUGACCAAAAAGGAAGACGUCACCCGCCUCGUCAAAGAAGUCGAGUCCCGCGAGCCCUGCCUCUGCAUCCUCGUCAACAACGCCGGCAUCGCGGGCGAAACGGUCCAGACGGAAUCCGACUCCAGCUCCGCCACCGAGCUUCGAAAGAACCUCUUCGACACCGCCAAGGCUAACACCCAAGACUGGCUCGACACCUACAACACCGACGUCGUAUCCAUCUACUUCGCCACUGCCGCGUUUCUCCCCCUCCUCCAACGCUCAUCGGAACGCCACCCGGGCUGGUCGGGUACCGUCGUCAACAUCACCAGCAUCAGCGGCCUCGUUAAAUCCGCCCAGCACCAUUUCGCCUACAACGCCGCGAAGGGGGCCGCCAACCACCUCACGCGCAUGCUCGCGUCCGAAGUUGCCGGCGCGGGCCUCAAGAUUCGCAUCAACGCGCUGGCGCCUGGGGUUUUCCCUAGCGAGAUGACGGCCGGUGGGGAGAGUGAUGAGUUCCAGAAGAGUCAUCUGGACAAGGAGAAGUUUGUCGGGAAAGUUCCUGCCGCCCGCCCCGGGCGGGAUAUUGAUAUGGCGCAGGGGGUGUUGGGGUUGGUGUGCAACCAGUAUGUGAACGGGCAGGUUGCGGUUGUGGAUGGGGGGUAUACCCUUGCUGCUGGGUUGUAA